AGGUCCUUUCAGCCAGGAAGGUAUUUCAGUACACACGACGCGAUCAAUGUUUUGACACAGUCAUUAGUAGUCGCGUGUGUGUAUAUGUCCAUGCAAUACCCUUAUAGACCAUGCACGAGCUUCAUUAGCUUAACAGUUUCUUAGCUUUGAGAAGCUGCGUUGCCUCACGAUGUCUCUGUCUGUCCAGAAAUGGGUUUGCGUCCUGAUUCUGUGUAUGUUCUCUCAUGACGUUGUUGCAAAAACAGUUAGGCGCAACGUUCUCUUCAUCAUGGCUGACGAUUUGAGACCAACAUUAGGAUGCUACGGGGAUCCUAUUGUAAAGUCCCCAAACAUUGAUCAACUUGCCUCUAAAAGUAACGUCUUUCUCAACGCAUAUGCCCAGCAAGCAGUGUGUGGACCAAGUCGAACCUCCUUGCUAACAAGUCGUAGACCUGACACAACCCGGUUAUAUGACUUUAACUCCUACUGGAGAGUGCAUGCGGGGAACUACACCACUCUCCCUCAGUACUUCAAGUCAAAGGGCUACACCACCAUGUCGGUUGGAAAGGUUUUUCACCCAGGCAUAGCCUCUAAUCACUCGGAUGAUUACCCGUACAGCUGGUCUGUACCUCCUUAUCAUCCUCCCUCUUUCAAGUAUGAAAAUAUGAAGGUUUGCAAGGGCAGUGAUGGCAAACUGCAUGCCAACCUGCUGUGCUCAGUUAAUGUGUCUGAAACCCCUCUUGGGACACUGCCAGACAUGGAGAGCACAGAGGAGGCCAUCAGGCUGCUCAAGUCCACAAGGGAUUCUGGCAAGAAUUUCUUUCUGGCUGUUGGAUUCCACAAACCUCACAUUCCCUUCAGAAUCCCACAGGACUUCUUGACACUCUAUCCCCUGGAUAAGAUGAGCCUGGCUCCAGACCCUGACGUUCCUAAAGGCCUCCCCAGCGUGGCCUACAAUCCCUGGACUGACAUCAGGAAAAGGGAAGAUGUCCAAGCUCUAAACAUCAGCUUCCCAUACGGGCCAAUCCCAAAGGAUUUCCAGCUCCAGAUUCAACAGCACUAUUAUGCGUCUGUGUCAUACAUGGACUCCCAAGUGGGUCGGUUGUUGAAUACUCUGGAUUAUCUUGGCCUGGCUGAAGACACUGUUGUGGUCUUUACAUCUGACCAUGGCUGGUCACUUGGGGAGCAUGGAGAAUGGGCCAAAUACAGCAACUUUGACGUGGCCACUCGCGUUCCACUAAUGUUCUACGUAGCCGGUAUGACUGCAGUCCGUCCUUGGCCAGAGGACGAGACCUUCCCCUACAUGGAUGUGUUUGUCCCAACACCGCAUCGCUUCACACAAGGAGGAAGAGUGAGCAACGUGAACGAGCUGCUAGACGUCUUCCCCACUGUGUCUGUCCUGGCUGGGCUGAAGCCCCCGCUCCCCUGUCCCGACAACUCCUUCGACGUGGAGCUCUGUACCGAGGGACGCGACUUGACCAACACCUUCAACAACGACAACAGAAAGAAGUCUGAUGGCAUUGCCUUCAGCCAGUACCCCCGGCCCGCCGACACCCCCCAGGAGAACUCAGACCUGCCCGACCUGAAGGACAUCCGGAUAAUGGGCUAUUCUCUACGCUCCUGGGACUAUCGCUUCACCGUGUGGGCGGGCUUCGACCCAGCUAGCUUCCAUGCUAACCUGUCAGACGUGCACGGUGGGGAGCUUUACCUCCUGGAGGAAGACCCAGGCCAGGACCACAACCUGUACAACAGCUCUGAGUACAGCCUGCUGCUCUGCAAGCUGGGCCUGGGCCAGCAGCAGCCCUGGGCACAGACCCUCAAACAACACCUCCUAUACCUCACUGCAGGGACUAAAUCUAAAGGGAUGGCAUGAUGCUUUGUGUAAUGAACUAUUCAGGAGGGAAGAUCUUUAUUUUUGCUGUGUUCAUAAGGGAUGUUUCCAUUCUAGGCAAGUGCCUAUUACUAGAUUGUUUCAGCUUCUAUUGGCACUUUAGGUAGUUAACCAUUAGCGUAUGGUUAACCUACAAUACAGGGUUUUUAGGUGUAGUCAUUCUCUUAGCAGUUCAGGUUUCUGAAUGUCGAUGGUGAAUUUCAAUGGCAAGAAUUUGACACCAGCUCUAAAUCGAACAUGAACGGGGAUCUAUUGGAGUUAUCAGUAGGCUAGGUUUGAAAUCAGUAGACUUAUUUUUCAAGCUUAAGGUAUGUUUUCCUAAUGUACUGUAACAAACUGUGAUGGUGAAAUGUGUAUAAUAUAGGGAAAGAUCAUUAGGGUCAACAUGGAGGUGUUGGUGAACAUGCUGAACUGGAAAACUAUCCACGUUCAUACUUUGCACACAGAUACUUUUUUGAAACAUGUACAAGUAUGAAUUUCUAAAAUGUAUUCAAUCCAAAUAAUCAUGUCUCUUUUUUGGGGGGGAUAUUCUUGUUAAUGUACAGUAGAAGGAAAAUACUGGGGUGCAUCCUUGUGUUCAGAACCAGCAGACAGGCUUCAUUGCGAGCUGGGCUGGAAAAUUCCAGUCUUGUUUUUUGCAGUCUGAAAGUGAGGUCAGGCCAGUUGGAGAUGGAUCCAUGGGCUGAUUGAAGCUUAUUUUAAUUGCUCGCGCCAAAGGGGAAUUUCAUUUGUGCUCCAACUUUUAUCUGUGAUUUUAAUUCUCUUUCAACUCCUGUUUCCAAGUUCUGCUAGAGAAUGUUCCCCAGUUAGGUUUCUUCCCCUGUGAAUGAGGCAGUGUCUUUCAGCUCCCAGACAGUGCUAUCUGGAGAGAAUGUGCAACUCCUCAAACAUAUUGUCCAAAAGUAAUUAUUCUUACUACUCAACUAGUCCUACAUACAAAUGUGUAAUCUUCACUACAUAUUUUGUAAGAGUGGAUCUACUGAAGUAAUUUAAGGUAGCGCAUACACUAAAAUAGGUUUAUUUGACUUGAAUCUGUCAGGCACUGACACUCAACCUUGAGUUGCACCACCAUCCCGAUGUGAAAUGACAGGGGAGAGCAUCACUCACACAGGGAUGUUAUUACCCUUAAGUAGACAAUGUGACCUAACACUGAUAGACAAUGGGCAUUAACCAUGCAAACCUGUUAAUAUGAUUAAACAAGGAAUCAAUGUGGAUGUGGUAAUGGAUCACUGCUUAAGAUAAUUAUUACUUUGCUACAACCAAGUGAUGUGUGUGGUGAAUAUCUGUUACAUCCAGGGUUGGUUUUGAAAGUCACAUGCAGAUUGGUUGUGUUUAGGAAUCAAGCCCCAUUUGUUGGUAUUUAACAAAUCCAUAUCAAAUUAGUGUCACUUUGUCUUGUUGAUUCAGAUGCACCUUAUUAGGGUAGCAGGUAAUGGCAAUUUAUUCAUGAAAAACAUGCUUGAUGACGAUCAAUGAAUUGAGAGAAAGUUGCUGAAAACCAAAUCUUUGUUUUGGAAACGACUCAAGUUGCAGCAGCAGGACCCUGCUGGAGGAGGGAGAGUAAAGAUGUCUUUUUCAGCCUGAUGUUAAACCCACAAAAGACAGCUAGACUGUUAGGAACUAGUCUGACAACUAUUACCCCGGCAAUCAGAGCGACUUGGCGAUCAUGAGCAAGCUUUCUCUCAUGAAGUGCUCAUUCUUUUGAAUGCUGUCUGUCUCCAUAGUCUGGUAUUGAGAUUGGUUAUGGCUCACAGCAACUAUUCAAAACAACUGGCCUACACCAGUAAUUCAAUAUGAACUCAGAUUUGCAAAAAUGCCCAAUGUUAUGUUUUAUCAUUGAUUUAGUGUAUCUUUUUUGUCUGCCCUUGCCUGCAGAAUAUGGUAAUUAGAAACGUUAUUAUUCCUCAAACUCAAAACUGUAUUAUAUGUACACUAUGUAUGUUUGCAUGAAAUGCACUAUGUCUCGAGGGCAAAUGUGCCUACUCCUUGUAGCUUGGCUGAGAGGAGCAGCUGGUAGACAGUGUUUCUCUCCAGAGGGUGUUGUACUGUAGGAUAUGGCUGGUAGACAGUGUUUCUCUCUAGAGGGUGUUGUACUGUAGGAUAUGGCUGGUAGACAGUGUUUCUCUCCAGAGGGUGUUGUACUGUAGGAUAUGGCUGGUAGACAGUGUUUCUCUCCAGAGGGUGUUGUACUGUAGGAUAUGGCUGGUAGACAGUGUUUCUCUCCAGAGGGUGUUGUACUGUAGGAUAUGGCUGGUAGACAGUGUUUCUCUCCAGAGGGUGUUGUACUGUGGGAUAUGGCUGGUAGACAGCAGUGCUCCAGUGAAUGGUGUAGCAGAUAUUACAGCCCAGGAUCUGAUGCCCUCCAUCUGGCCUAGUGAGGCAGAGCGCCAGCCAGGCCAGCAGAGAGUCUUUGCCCCCCUCCUCCCCUCCCUUUUCUAUCACCCCCUCUCUUCUGGCACAGUGAAACUGAGAUGUAGCCCACAGCCAGAGCAGAGGACUAUCUCAGUAGUGAACAUGUUGACAGCUGUGUUUAACAAAGCCAUCUGGGAUAGGAGACAAGUGGUCACUACUAUGCUCUCAACAUACAGUAGCAAUAAGGGGAUAUUUAAGUGUUGAUAAUGGAUAGCCCUUAUACGUCUCAAAGAAUACAAUGCUUUUGUUUGUAAGAUUAUAUUUAUUUAUAUAUAUAUAUAGAUAUAUAUCCUGAACAAAAAUAUAAAGGCAGCAUGCUACAAUUUCAAAGGUUUAUGGCGUUAUAGUUCAUAUAAGGAAAUCAGUCAAUUGAAAUAAAUUCAUUAGGCCCUAAUCUAUGGAUUUCACAUGACUGGGCAGGGGCGCAGCAUAGGGAACCAGGCCCAGCCAAUCAGAAUUAGUUUUUCCCUAAAAAAGGGCUUUAUUACAGACAGAAAUACUCCUUAACACCCAACCCCUCCCCCAAUUAUCUAAAACAAUGUUGGAGGCGGCUUAUGGUAGAGAAAUCAACAUGACAUUCUCUGGCAACCGCUCUGGUAGACAUUCCUGCAGUCAGCAUGCCAAUUGCACAGUCCCUCAACUUGAGACAUCUGUGGCAUUGUGUUGUGUGACAAAAAAACUCCGCUUACACUAUUGUACUGGUCAGUUCUUUAAAUAGACCUACUAUCUUUGACUCUUGUUUACCCGACUGUCUGUAUUUAAUGAGUAACUUCAAAGAUGCAUAAUUCAUCUUUUUUUUACCUCCUUUUCUACUGACAGCUGCCAUAUGUUUCAUUUCAGUCAUAAUCAUUUCCAUGGAGAUGCAUUACAAAGUUAAACAGAUCCAGAGUUGACGCUCCAUGUGAAAACAUUCCAUAUCAGACAAUUACGUGAAGUUACUAAUAAAACCUACUAAGAUUUUCAGACAAACAUAAUAUUGCUGUCUGAAAUUGUUAUUCAAAUGUGUAUGCCAAUAUCAAUUAAUAUGCAAAUGGUUUUUGUGGUGAAUUUGCUAUAGGUUUUAUGAAUAAAGAUGACCCAAUUUCCAAAA